AACACCUGCUGCAUCCAUCAGAGUCCAGCUAACACAGAUUUGCAGUUUAACUGAAGAGGACCACCAUCAUGACUCCAGUGAUCUCUGUCGUCCUCCUCCUCUCGUUGAUGGUCUAUCCUCCGGGUGCAACAGGAGCUCCAACAAACAACUCGAUGGACGUCUCUCAAAUCAUCGAGAAAGUUAAUGCUGACGUCUCUCAAAUCAUUGAGAAAGCUAAUGCUGGCAUAAAAACACCCCUGAUCCACGGCGACAUUGCACCAAAUACAAAGAAGAAUGCCGACCCCUGUGUGACCAAAGGCUGCUUGUGGCCCAAAACUGGAAGUUACGUCUACAUGCCCAUCACCAUCGGCCCCGAAUACUCCAUCGCAGAGCGCAACAUCAUCAUUAAUAGCCUGUUGACCUUCCAUCAAUCCACCUGCAUUCGCUUCGUCUGGCGUACUACGCAGCGGGAUUACCUCAGCUUCUUCUCUGGAACUGGGUGUUGGUCCUACGUGGGCCGUCAGGGAGGCGUACAGCCGGUCUCCCUGUUGAGAAAGGGUUGCCUGUACACGAACACGGUGCAGCACGAAGUUCUCCACGCUCUGGGCUUCCAUCACGAGCAUGUCCGCUCCGACAGAGACUCUUACGUCUCCAUCCUCACCGCGAACAUUCAGCCAGGAUUUGUAUCAAACUUCGUGAAGGUGGCAACUAACAACUUGGGUACUCCCUACGACUUCAACUCUGUCAUGCAGUACAGCAAAUACUCCUUCUCCAAGAACGGCUUGCCAACCAUCACCGCUAAGGGGAAUCCUAACCUUGUGUUUGGAAACGCCCCACAGAUAAGUGUCAAUGACGUCGCCCGCGUCAACAAGCUUUACAAAUGCUGUAAGUAGAAAAUUAACAAUAUUCUUUCAAAUUAAAAACAUAAAACACUUUUCACACAUUUCACUACUGAUCAGGUUAUCAUGUAAUGACACAACAAAGGAAAAUGAUUUGAAAUACUAAAAUACUAAGUAUUUGAGAUAUUAAUCAGAAUCUCUUUUUUUUCUCCAGAAAACUUCCUAAAUCUCCCAGAAGAACUGAUGGAAGAAAAUGUUGGGGGAUAAAUGGAUUUUUUAACUAUUUGUGAUUUGAUUUAAAUCAUUUACUCACUUCUUUAAUGGUUUUAAAAUAUAAACUUUAUUAUUUGGUUAUUGUUUUCCAUCUGCAGAUGAUUGAAUAAACUUACAAAA